AGUUACUAUAUGAGAACUCCUCCCGAGGUGUAAGGAGGAUACGACUAAUAACUCAAUUGCUGUAAGCCUAUUGUUAUUUUCCUGGUAUUAAACCUCUCUUCAGCCGCGGAUUGAUGGCAAUGUUUCUUCUACUUCAUUUCGCUUUUCUGAUAGAUGUCAAAGAUUAUGUACUCACUGAUGGCAGUACAAUCACUCCUUUGUGCCAAAAAGGAUAUUUUCCUUGUGGGAAUCUUACCAAGUGCUUACCACGAGCUUUUCACUGUGAUGGCAUGAAUGACUGCGGGAACGGUGCUGACGAGGAGAACUGUGGAGACACUAGUGGAUGGGCGACUAUAUUUGGCACAGUCCAUGGAAAUGCUAAUAAUGUGGCAUUAACACAGGAGUGCUUUCUAAACCAGUAUCCACAACGCUGUGACUGCAAAGAAACUGAGUUGGAAUGUGUAAAUGCUGGCUUGAAGUCCGUGCCAACGAUCUCCAGCAAUGUGACAUUACUGUCUCUCAAGAAAAACAAAAUUCGCAGUCUUCCAAAUAAAGUUUUCGUCAAAUACACAGAACUUAAAAAGAUGUAUCUUCAGCACAAUUGUAUUAGACACAUAUCCAGGAAAGCAUUUUUUGGAUUACAUAAUCUGCAAAUAUUAUAUCUCAACCACAACUGCAUUACAACUCUCAGACCUGGAGUAUUCAAAGACUUACAUCAGCUAACAUGGCUAAUUCUAGAUGACAAUCCAAUAACCAGCAUUUCACAGCGGUUGUUUACUGGAUUAAAUUCCUUGUUUUUCCUGUCUAUGGUUAAUAACCACUUAGAAGCCCUUCCCAAGCAGAUGUGUGCCCAAAUGCCUCAACUCAACUGGAUGGAUUUGGAAGGCAAUGGAAUAAAAUAUCUUACGAAUUCCACCUUCCUGUCGUGCAACUCACUCACGGUGCUGUUUCUGCCUAGAAAUCAAAUUGAUUUUGUUCCAGAGAAGACAUUUUCUUCAUUAAAAAAUUUAGGAGAACUGGACCUGUCUAACAAUAUGAUAAUGGAGCUACCACCCCACAUUUUUAAAGACCUGAAGCUUCUGCAAAAACUGAAACUGGCGUCCAACCCUCUUUUGUAUCUCCACAAGAACCAGUUUGAAAGUCUUAAACAACUUCAGUCUCUAGACCUGGAAAGGAUAGAGAUUCCAAAUAUAAACACGGGAAUGUUUCAACCCAUGAAGAAUCUUUCUCACAUUUAUUUCAAAAACUUUCGGUACUGCUCCUAUGCUCCCCAUGUCCGAAUAUGUAUGCCCUUGACUGACGGCAUUUCUUCAUUUGAGGACCUCUUGGCUAACAAUAUCCUCAGAAUAUUUGUCUGGGUUAUAGCUUUCAUAACCUGCUUUGGAAAUCUUUUUGUCAUUGGCAUGAGAUCUUUCAUUAAAGCUGAAAAUACGACUCACGCUAUGUCCAUCAAAAUCCUUUGUUGUGCGGACUGCCUCAUGGGUGUUUAUUUGUUCUUCGUCGGCUUUUCCGAUAUAAAGUACCGCGGGCAGUACCAGAAGUACGCUUUGCUGUGGAUGGAGAGUUUGCAGUGCCGCCUCAUGGGCUUCCUGGCCAUGCUGUCCACCGAAGUCUCCGUCCUGUUGCUGACAUACUUGACUCUGGAGAAGUUCCUGGUCAUUGUCUUUCCCUUCAGUAACAUUCGUCCUGGAAAACGGCAGACUUCGGUCAUCCUCAUUUGCAUCUGGAUUGUGGGAUUUUUAAUAGCUGUGAUUCCAUUUUGGAACGAGGAUUAUUUUGGAAACUUUUAUGGAAAAAAUGGAGUAUGUUUCCCACUUUAUUAUGACCAAACAGAAGAUAUUGGAAGCAAAGGGUAUUCUCUUGGAAUUUUCUUAGGUGUGAACUUGCUGGCUUUUCUCAUCAUUGUGUUUUCCUAUAUUAUUAUGUUCUGUUCCAUUCAAAAAACUGCCUUGCAGACUUCAGAAGUGAGGAAUCACAUUGGAAGAGAGGUGGCUGUUGCAAAUCGUUUCUUUUUUAUAGUGUUCUCUGAUGCCAUCUGCUGGAUUCCUGUAUUUGUAGUUAAAAUUCUAUCCCUCUUCCGGGUGGAAAUACCAGGCACAAUCACUUCCUGGAUAGUCAUUUUUUUCCUUCCGGUAAACAGUGCCUUGAACCCAAUCCUCUACACUCUCACGACCAGCUUUUUCAAGGAUAAGUUGAAACAACUGUUGCACAAACAUCGGAGGAAAUCGAUUUUCAAAACUAAAAAAAAAAGUUUAUCUACAUCCAUUGUGUGGACAGAUGACUCCUCUUCACUUAAACUUGGUAUUUUGAACAAAAUAACCCUUGGGGACAGUAUAGUGAAACCAAUUUCCUAGCAAUGGUUUUGAAUCACUAGACUUUCAAUGGACUACCUAAAACAAGGUAUAGCAUUUGGAAGAUGAUGUCUGCAAUGCUUUUCACCUUUACCAGCAGCAA